GGAUUGUCAUCGUGCGCCGGCAGUAGUGCGGGGCGGAGGGGUCAGGGCGCUGUGCGGACAGGAAAGAGUCCCGAGGAACUUCUUUCUCUGAUUCCACCCACAAGAUUGUGGGCUCUUGCUGUGCCUUCCCCCCCACCCUCAGGCUCCCCCCGGACCCCGGUCCCCGGCUCCGGAUCUGCGGCGGCGGCGGCGGCGGCCCGGGACUCUGCACUGCGGGGCCAUUUCCCGCCGACUCUCCGCUCUUGUGUUUGCGGCUCCCGCUGCUCGCCCUCCCUCCUCUCCCCGGGCUCUGCGUUGCUUUAUCCGCCGCAGUCCCUCGCCCUCUCCCUCCGGCCCUGCCACCUUCGUCUGCAGCCCCUCAACUCGGAGUAGAGCGCGGACGCCCGCCCGGGAUCCGCCCGCCGCCCCGGCAUGGACGAGGAGUACGAUGUGAUCGUUCUGGGCACCGGACUGACGGAAUGCAUCCUGUCCGGAAUCAUGUCCGUCAAUGGGAAGAAGGUCCUUCACAUGGAUCGCAAUCCCUACUACGGAGGAGAAAGCUCCUCGAUCACACCUCUGGAGGAGCUUUACAAACGGUUCGGACUGUCGGAAUCUCCCCCUGAGUCCAUGGGACGCGGCCGGGACUGGAAUGUGGACCUAAUCCCCAAGUUCCUGAUGGCCAAUGGCCAGCUGGUGAAGAUGCUUCUGUACACAGAGGUCACCCGCUACCUUGACUUCAAAGUGGUGGACGGAAGUUUCGUCUACAAAGCCAGCAAGAUCUACAAGGUGCCCUCCACAGAGACUGAGGCGCUGGCUUCCAGUCUGUUGGGCAUGUUCGAGAAGCGGCGUUACCGGAAAUUCCUGCUAUUUGUGUCCUCUUACGACGAGAACGACCCCAAGACCCACCAGGACGUGGAUCCCGUGCGGAACACCAUGCGUGACGUGUACAAGAAGUUCGACUUGGGCCAGGACACCAUCGACUUCACCGGGCACGCCCUGGCGCUCUACAGGACUGAUGAUUACCUGGACCAGCCUUGCCUGGAGGCCAUUAACCGCAUCAAACUAUACAGCGAGUCACUGGCGCGCUACGGCAAGAGCCCAUACCUGUACCCGCUGUAUGGGCUGGGAGAGCUGCCACAGGGAUUUGCCAGGCUGAGCGCGAUCUAUGGCGGCACGUACAUGCUGAACAAGCCGGUGGAUGAGCUGGUGAUGGAAAACAAUAAAGUGGUGGGCGUCAGGUCGUCAGGCGAGGUGGCACGCUGUAAGCAGCUGAUCUGUGACCCCAGCUACGUUCCUGACCGAGUGCGGAAGGCCGGGCAGGUGAUCCGGGUCAUUUGCAUCCUCAGCCACCCCAUCUGCAGCACCAGCGAUGCUGCCUCCUGCCAGAUCAUCAUCCCGCAGAAACAGCUCGGCCGGAAAUCUGAUAUCUACAUCUGCCUGAUCUCGCACGCCCACAGUGUGGCUGCCCAGGGCAAGUACAUCGCCAUCAUCAGCACCACGGUGGAGACGGCCCAGCCAGAGACGGAGAUCCAACCCGCCCUCGAACUCAUCGAGCCCAUUGACCAAAAGUUUGUGGCCAUCAGUGAUCUGUACGAGCCGCUGGACGACGGGACGGAGAGCCAGAUCUUCAUCUCGCAGUCGUACGAUGCCACCACACACUUUGAGACCACCUGUAACGACAUCAAGGACAUUUACCGGCGGAUGACGGGCAGCGACUUCGACUUCGAGAACAUGAAACGCAAGCAGAAUGACGUCUUCGGCGAAGAUCAGCAGUAGGGAGCGGCCACCCGGGGAGUGGGGGUUCUGACAGCUGUCUCCCCUCCCCCCCUCCCACACCCUCAGCCCCAUCAGCCCUCCUUGAGUGGAUUAAUGAGCUGGGAGCUUUACACCCCACUGGUGGCCUGAUACCCUGGCCUCAUUUACCCCCUUCCUCUCCCCACUCCCCCGCUGCAGUAAAAUCAUGCUGAGGGUCUGUCACUGGAGAAACCGCAGGCUCCUACACAUUCUGUCUCUCCGGGCCAACCCCCGUGAGGCCCUGGCCACGUUAACCCCCUUCCUCUCCCCCACUCCCCCUGCCCCAAUAAAAUCAUGCUGAGGGUCUGUCACUGGAGAAACCGCAGGCUCCUACACAUUCUGUCUCUCCGGGCCAACCCCCGUGAGGCCCUGGCCACGUUAACCCCCUUCCUCUCCCCCACUCCCCCUGCCCCAAUAAAAUCAUGCUGAGGGGUCUUCUGCUGGAGAAACCGCAGGCUCCUACACAUUCUGUCUCUCCGGGCCAACCCCCGUGAGGCCCUGGCCACGUUAACCCCCUUCCUCUCCCCCACUCCCCCUGCCCCAAUAAAAUCAUGCUGAGGGGUCUUCUGCUGGAGAAACCGCAGGCUCCUACACAUUCUGUCUCUCCGGGCCAGCCCCCGUGAGGCCCUGGCCAUGUUAACCCCCUUCCUCUCCCCCACUCCCCCUGCCCCAAUAAAAUCAUGCUGAGGGUCUGUCACUGGAGACACUGCGGGCUCCUCUACACAUUCUGUCUCUCUGGGCCAACCCCCGUGUGGCCCUGGCCAUGUUAACCCCCUUUCUCUCCCCCACCCCACCCUGCCCCAAUGGGAUCAUGCUGAGGGUCUGUCACUGGAGACACCGCGGGCUCCUCUACACAUUCUGUCUCUCUGGGCCAACCCCCGUGAGGCCCUGGCCAUGUUAACCCCCUUUCUCUCCCCCACCCCACCCUGCCCCAAUGGGAUCAUGCUGAGGGUCUGUCACUGGAGACACCGUGGGCUCCUCUACACAUUCUGUCUCUCUGGGCCAGACCCUGUGACUUAACUGAAUAAAUAUCAAUGCCGAAUUCAGCC